AUGCCUUCCGAAAAGCGCCAGUCUGGGUUCCGGAAACUUCAAAGCUUCAAAACGGACUAUGCGCCCUGCACCAUUACCCAAUAUGUCUCUGAACGCAGUGGCAUGCAAGUCGUCGUUGCCGACCGUCAAGGGCCCAAGGUCAACGGCUACUUUACUCUAGCCACCGAAAUUCUCGACGACUCUGGUGCUCCCCAUACACUCGAGCAUCUCAUCUUUCUCGGAUCCAAGAGCUACCCCUACAAGGGACUUCUCGACAAGCUGUCUUCGCGCGCAUACUCUGGCACCAACGCAUGGACUGCCACCGACCACACUGCUUACACACUCGAAACUGCAGGCUGGGAAGGCUUCUCACAAAUCCUGCCGCUGUACCUCGAACAUGUCCUGCUGCCCACCCUGACCGAUGAGGGUGUUGUCACAGAGGUCUGGCAUAUUGAUGGCGAGGGCAAUGAUGCUGGUGUCGUUUACUCGGAGAUGCAGAGCGUCGAGAACAAUGGUCCUGAAAUCAUGGACCUCAAGGCGCGUCGUCUCCUCUACAACAAGAACAUUGGCUUCCGAUAUGAGACUGGCGGUAUGCCCGGUGCCCUGCGGGUUCUCACGGCCGACCGAAUCCGCGAAUUCCACAAGGAAAUGUACCAACCCCGUAACCUCUGCGUCGUAAUUGUUGGUGAGGCGGACCACGAUGACCUCCUUCAGAAACUGAAUGAUUUUGAAGAAAGCAUCAUCUCUGAUAUCCCUGCCCUGAACACGCCAUUCAAGAGACCCUGGGUCGACUCGGAGCAGCCAGAGGGAUUGACAGAGACAAUUGUGACCACCGCCGAAUUUCCUGACGACGAUGAAUCAACCGGCGAGAUUCUCGUUGGUUUCUUUGGCCCCAACUGUGUCGACCUCAUUGCCACAUCUGCUCUGAACAUUGUUUUGACUUAUCUCUGCGGUUCCUCCGUCUCGGUACUCGAGAACAUCAUGGUGGAAAAGGAAGAACUGGCCAGCUCUGUAUCUCACUGGUGGGAUUCUCGUCCCAACUCCGUCAUCUGGCUGCAGCCCACUGGUGUCGAAGCGGACAAGCUCGAAUCUGUAGAGAAGCGCCUGUUUGAGAUUCUCAAGGACGUCGCUGCGAAGCCUCUGGAUAUGGACUACAUGUCCGAGUGCAUCAAGAGAGAGAAGCGACAGGUCAAGUACCAUGCUGAGAACUCAGAGUCAUUCUUCUCCACCAACAUCAUCACCGACUACCUUUUUGGUAAGCGCGACGGCUCUACGCUCAGGGAUCUCGAGAGCCUGCACGAGUACGCCGCUUUGGAGAAGUGGACAGACCAGAACUGGCGCGACUUUAUUAGCAAAUGGUUCAUUGACGCUCAUCACGUCUCCAUUCUGGGGAAACCCUCCUCUAAGCUCGCUGAAAAGGCUAAGAAGGCCGAGGAGGAGCGUGUCGCAAAGCGCAAGGCCGAUCUCGGCAAGGAGGGGCUGGAGAACCUGGCCAAGAAGCUUAAGGACGCCCAGGAAAAGAAUGACCAGCCUAUUCCACCCGAAGUCUUGGACCAGUUUGAUGUUCCUGGCACCGAGUCCAUCCACUUCAUCGAGUCCGACACAGCUCGCGCUGGCAAGGCCAAGGCUAUUGGUCUGGGAACUGGCGCGACGCAAGGCGCCAUCGAUGCCGCCCAAGCCAGCAAGCUGCCUCUGUUCAUCCAGUUCGAGGACGUGCCCACCAACUUUGUCCACAUCACAAUUCAUCUUGGCACGUCCAAGGUGCCGGUCGAGCUGAAACCUUUGAUGCCCAUCUUCUCCGACAAUUUCUUCAACACCCACAUCAUGCGCGAUGACAAGCUCGUCAACUUUGAGCAAGUCGUCAUGGAGCUAGAGCGAGACAGCGUCGGCUACGGAAUCGGCUCCGCACGCUUACUCGGCGACCCCGAGGGCCUCGUCAUUCAGUUCCAGAUUGAGCCCGACAAGUACGCGGCCGCCGUAGAGUGGAUCCGGACCAUGAUGUUCAACUCCGUCUUUGACCCUCAGAGGCUCAAGGCCGCCGUUUCAAAGGCUCUCGCUGACAUCCCCGAGUCCAAGCGCAAUGGCCAGGGCAUGGCUGCCGAGAUUGACGCUGCCAUCCACCUGGACCACUCGAGCGUGACCGUCGCCAAGCGCAUCCUGGUGCGUGCCGUCUACCUGAAGCGCCUCAAGAAGCUCCUCAAGAGCGACCCCGCCAAGGUCGUGUCGUGGUUCAACACAAUCCGUGCCUCGCUCUUCACCUUCGAGAACCUACGCUUCCUCGUCGCCGCACGAAUCUCCAUGCUGCCCGAGCCCGUCGCGACCUGGGACAAGCUCGCCUCCGCCCUCGGUAGCGAGGUCAAGGACAUGAUCCCCGUGCCGGCGCUGUCAGCGCUCCUCAACGACGAAGGCCGGGCGCCCGGCUCUGUCGGCACCACCAUUGUGCCCAUGGCCUCGCUGGACGGCUCCUUUAGCGUGAGCACGGCCGUCGGCCUGUCAUCGUACGCCGACCCGCGUCUGGCCGCCGUCAUGGUCGCCAUUAGCUACCUGGAGCAGGUCGAGGGCCCGCUGUGGGUGGCCGUCCGCGGCGCGGGCUACGCCUACGGCACCCACUUUUCGCGUAGCAUCGACGCCGGCGUGCUGUGCUACCGCGUGUACCGCUCGCCCGACGCCGCCAAGGCCAUUGCCGCCUCGCGCGAGGCUAUUCGCAAAAUCGCUGACGGCGACGUUCCCAUUGACAAGCACCUGCUCGAGGGCAGCGUCUCCCAAAUCGUCGUCACCUUUGCUGACGAGCAAUCAACCAUGCCGAGCGCCGCGCAGCAAAACUACGUGCAGGGCGUCGUGCGCGGCCUGCCCAAGGACUGGAGCAAGGAGAUUCUGCGUCGCGUGCGCGCCGUCACAGAGGAGGAGAUUCGGGCGGCCAUGACGGAUAUCAUCCUUCCGUGCUUUGCGCCGGGUAAGAGCAACGUAACCAUUACCUGCGCCAAGAUUAUGACCGAGAACAUGGAAACGUCCAUGAAGGCCAUGGGAUACAAGGUGCAAACACGGGAACUCAGCGAUUUCCACGAUGAUUACGGGCUCGAGGCGCCGGAAGGCGAGGACGAGGACGACGAUGAUGAGGACGAUGACGAGAAUGACGAGGACGAGGACGAGGACGAUGACGAGGAUGACGAGGAAGAGUCGGAUGAGGAGUAG